AACUUAAAGUGAACAUGAGCGGAUCGUGGCGCCCUUAAGAAACGUUUCUGUUUAAAUGAGGGGUAAUACGUCGCGGUUCGCCUCGUCUUAACAAGAGCAUGAAAGCUAAGGUAAGUCAGUAGAGAAUUGAAUGCUUACAACCACUAACCACCGAAUCUUUCGCAACCACUUGAUCACAUUCGUAGCUUAAAACUUUACCUGAGAUCUCAAUUCAUAAAGAGGUUCUAGUAAGAAUUUUUUUUUUCUAGUUACCUAUUCGUUUACAUUAAACGUUCUUAUAAUAUUGGUAAUAAGUUAUAGUUGUUUCAUUGAAAUGAAAUACAAAAUACUGUCUUGUGGUUAUCAAAUAACCACAAUAUUUACAAUAUCUUAGUUGUAUAUCUAUGAUUGAACUGUCACUACUCAGUAAUAUUAGAAAGCUUUUUUUCUAACUAUGACAAUUUCGGAAAAGUACUCUGCGCAUGCGCUCUGCCACGUUAAAUUAUAACAUUAAUAAUGAGGUUUUCUAAUGGCCUCUAGCCUAAUUCUCGCUAUCUGACCGGGUUUCCUGUGGUGCCUAGCAAUUCGAAGUCCCAGAUCCCGUUCCUCCUCACGGUUCAUUCCCGGUCACAGGAAAAGAAACACACCACAGAAGAAAAUAGGCUGUUAUUUCACGAAAAGGUUUCCGUAUAAGUAGCGGAGAAAUGACUUAAGGCCCUGUCAGACACACUUUUGUUAUUUUAUUUUCAUUCAAAACUAAAUGAUAAUCAUUUGAAUUUCGAAAUAAUUGCCAAAAUCAGAGUUUUAUAUUUUAAUAUCGAAAUUCAAUCGGAAAGACUACAGUAUAUUUUCCAAAUAAGCCAAUGUAAAUGGAUGCUUUGCGCACUUUGUAUUUUGAUGAAAUGAGACUUUUAAGUCGGGAUGUUUAGACUCUACUUCCAUCGUUUUCAUCGUAAGGGAGAAUACCCCCUUUAGCCCCACGCACAUAUCUCGACGACCAUCUUUUAGAUAGUACACUGGUGGCAGGCGGCAAAUGCUUUUUAAUAGACCGAACCUGUGAAUAACGCGAAUUAUUUUGGUAUUCGUGGUCAAUUAUAAGUAUCCGAGUGUCAAAAUUUCGAAUUGAUCACUUUCCAAAUGUUUGCAUGGCUAUAUCUCUCAAACCGAUGAGAUCCGUAAAAAUCAAAAAUCACUACACUGCUCUAUACGAAACGUAAAAAUGUUCUUCCCUUAGCAACAUAUAAAUAUCAUAUAAAUUAAGAUACACAUCAAGGGGUAUUGAGGAACGUUUGAAAAAGCGACGACGAAACAAUUUCGAAUCCCAACGCCGCCACUUUUCUAAUAUUUUGUUGUUGCAAAAACUAACCGUUUUUCGGCUGACAAGAGUGUACCAAGGACUGGAUGAGUAGGGGUGCGCAGUCAUAGGAAUCAAAUGAAAAAAGGAUAUUGUUUGACGAUACUUCAAUAAGAAAUGACCCACGUUCUUGGCGGUCAAAAGGGGUGCGCGCACCCCGCUGUUUCCGCGCCUGAAUGCAAAGCAUUGUAAAACACGACUCCUUACGUCACUAGUCGCCCGGCUAGCUCAGUCGGUAGAGCAUGGGACUUUUAACCGUAAGGUCGUCCAUUCAAGCCCCACUUGGGCGUUUCUGUAGAAAGUUGUAUAAUAUACCGCACCACACCCGCCACAAUUGUAAAUAAAACUGCUAUGGUACCUUAGUCAUUUGUAGGGAUUCUAGCUCUGACCAAAAAGUCUUUGAGUGAUUUCUCCCUUCUGUAAGAGACUAUAGGUUGAUUAAAGAUUCUAGCCGUAAAAGGCGGAUCCGUAAUAAGGCGCCAGUGUUUCAUUAGAAUCUUUUUAAGAUUCGGUAUAGCCGGGUUGAAUCUCUCGACAAAUGGUAAGAUUCGUUUAUAAGACGCCUUUUUGCUUUUAAGCGCAUUUUGCCUGUCUGUGAACAUAACACUCGCCAGAAUUUUAGUUAUGAAAUCGCUCGGGUAACCGCGUUCUAGAAGGCGAUCGGUGAAGUUGCGAAUUUCGGUUUUGAAGGAGGCGAGUGAGGAGUUUGUUCUCAACAGGCGUAGGCCUUCCCCCUUGACAAAACCCUUCUUAUUCCUAAGAGGGUGAAAAGAGGAAAAAUGCAUGUACUGAAAGGAUUCAGUAGGCUUAAAAUGUGUAGGGACAUCAAGGAUAUUAGAAUCCAUGAAUCUUUCGCCUUUAAACACUUCUGUAUCGAGAAAGGUGAUGGUUUCCUGUGACAACUCGUGCGUGAAUGUAAUAGCCGGGUGGAAAUUAUUCGCAAAGUCUAAGAAACUCGCGAUUUUAUCCCCCAGUAUAGUCCACACUGUAAAGAUGUCGUCAAUAAGGUAGGUACAGCGUUCGGCAUGGCGGGUAGUUGUGUUUUCUUUGGCUCUCCGAUUUUUUAAUUUUUUUUCUUUAUAGUUUGCUCCCUGUUUUCAAAUCUUGACUUAAACAGAUCAUCUUCCCUAACUACCACUUCGCCCGUACUGUUUUCUACGGGAUCUCACCAUAUUACCGACUAUUGGCCUUGGUUGUUAUCAAGCCACGUUAGCCUUCGCCGCCAUCUUCAGAAGAGUCACAGAAGCUUUUUUCAGGCCAGGAUCCAUCAUACGCCUGCAUCGACAUCGUCUUUCCAACUUGAACGCCUCUUAUCUAAUCGGGAGAUCUAAUCUCAUCCUUGGCCUCAGUGAGACGUUUUUGGACGAAUCAUGGACGGAUACCGAGUUGGCUGUUGAUGGUUACUCGCUGGUUAGAGCUGAUCGCACAUACAACUCUGGUGGCGGGCUGCUAGUUUUCAUACCCAGCCAUAUUUCCUGGAUCUUGAGUUUGAAGAUGAUUCGCAAAGAACUAAUGGGAGCGCAGGUCUUCGUUUUAUUACACCAACAAACACGCUGCUCGACCACUCAACUCCCUCAAUUGACAUGUACACUCGUCAAAAUGACUGACAGCCGCUGCGUAUAUUACAUGUCAUUUGAUUAAGAUUCUCGAACGUUGAUUGGCCGGUUCAUAAAUACGCUAUUAUUCUUCGCGUUUAUUGGUUGAUCGGGAAGCGGCAUCUCCAUGUCACAGCCGUCCAUCAGAAGGCGAAAUCAACAAGAACGGGGUAUGUAGGUAGAUUUCAACCUCGAAGAGUAGCUCCAAUGUAGUCGUACUUUUAGCUAUAGUAUCUAGCCCAGAUGAAUGGUCUCAUCUUAUUGGUGAUAGCGGGAAACUUCGCCGUGCUAGGGUCGUCGAAUCUUUUGCAACCUCCUCGAUUUGUAGAAGAACCCUCAGCGGUGAUAGCACUAAGGAAAAGCACUGUCCAGAUAAACUGCAGCACAAUCGCAACGCCUGUGGCCAGGACGAUUUGGUUAAAGGACGGGGCAAGAAUCAAGCCUGAUGACCGGCACGUAGUUCUUACAUCGGGGGCUCUGCGAAUCCAGUCCGUACAAGGCCGGAGAAAGGGCUUUGGGAAUGACGAGGGGGUUUAUCAAUGCCUGGCUUCGAACCGAGCAGGGACGGUAGCGAGCAGAAAAGUCACGCUGCACAUAGCCGUUCUUUCAAGAAAAUUUGAAGAACAACCUCAAAGCAUCAAUGCAUGGGAAGGGACCACUGCCCGGUUUUCCUGUAAAGUCAAGAAAGCAUAUCCAGCUCCUUCGAUCUCAUGGGAGCACAAUGGUCAAGUUAUAGUACCAAGCAAAAGACAUGUUGUACUCCCUAAUGGUGCUUUGCAAAUCCACAAUGUCCAGCAGGUUGACCAAGGGACUUAUCAGUGUGUUGCAAGUAACAUUGCAAGGAUAAGAAGAAGCAACACUGCCACACUGACAGUACAACAAGCUAAAUCAAGCAAACAGCCUAACUUUACCACAAUCCCCUCAAACACAUCAGUCAUCUCAGGCGAGGAAGCUGUCUUGGAAUGUAUUGCAACCGGUGUCCCAGUACCCACAGUACAAUGGAAAAAAGUUGGGGGUGCAGAUAGGGCAUAUGACUACAGUCUUGCCAAGCCUGGAGGCUGCAAUCUCCGUAUACGUUCAGCUUCACCUAAAGACGGUGGAGAGUAUAUGUGCAUAGUGUCAGCAUCAGGGAGGUCUAUGACACAUUCUACAUUUCUUUCUGUUCAAGAGCCACCACACUUCAUAAAUACCCCAAAGCUACCGAAGGGCCUGUUAGAUAUUGGAGCCACACUGACAUUGCAGUGCUCAGCUACUGGGGUUCCACCCCCAAGAAUUACUUGGCUCAAGAAUGGCAAAGAGCUUGUAGGAAAUCAAAGACAGAGUGGUAUCAAUAAUGAUUUGGUCAUUCAAAGUCUGUCAACAAAGGAUAGUGGGGUGUACCAGUGUUUUGCUGAGAAUGACAUUGGAAGUGUUCAGACCAGCACAAGGGUCCUUGUGAGACGUUCAGUGAAUACAUACCCUCCAUUGAAUGUCACUGGCGUUGGCAUAUCCUCUGAAGAGGUCAAUAUUUCUUGGCUACCCCCCAGAGGACCAGAGCAGGUCCUGGCAUACUCUAUAAAUUACCAGCCUGCGGACAAAAGCUCAAAAGAAUUACAGGUUGUACUUGCCAAGGAUUUCACAAGUGAGGUGAUUCGAAGCUUGAGUGGCUUCACAAAGUACACCUUCUAUGUGACGCCCUUCUUUACAAAAGGACAGGGACUAAACAGUGAAGUUAUCACAGUCCAGACUUUACCUGGCAAACCAAGCACAUCACCUGGAAACAUUGUCCUGAACAGCCUAACUCCUGAUAGCAUUGAUGUCAGUUGGGACCCCCCUCCUAAGCGGUACCGUAAUGGCAUUCUGACAAGCUACAUCAUCAAGUACCACAACAAAAGCAUCUCAGAAACAAUAUUGCUACCAAGCAGUAUGCAGAAGAAGACAAUUAGUGGGUUAGCCAGUGGGGAGGUGUACAUGGUUCAAGUGGCAGCUGCCACUAAAAUGGGAUGGGGGCCCUUCAGCAAGGAGGAGAGACUUCGAGUCACAACACAACAAAAAGACAUGAUAAGUUCUCCAAAGAUUACUAUCAAAGGCUUGAAUAGUACAGCCUUGAAGGUGACAUGGACACCCCCAUUGUACGGGGCCUCAAAAGUUCAAGAGUACAGACUAUAUUAUGCCCAAGAGCACUCACAUGGUGUCAUACAAAACCCACAAGUGAUAGACAAAGGGACUUCCUCCUACAUCAUCACUAAUCUACUCCCAAAUACCAAGUAUAUUGUGAGGUUCAUGGCUUGGGAUGGAAGUAAGACAGGACAGCCUGCAGUGGAAGUUGGCCAAACACGUCUAGGAGAGUCACAGGUGUCCAGUGUUGGCAUCACAAAUGUUGUUUGCCACCCAAGGGAUCCAUUCACCAUUGAGGUUAUGUGGCAAAAGUCAUUUUCUAAAGACCCAGCCUUCUACACAAUCAGUUAUGGAGUAGCUGGAAAUCUCAACAAAGAGAAACGGAAGACUAAAAUUGUGGUGGAGACGCAUGUGAAGAUUAAGGAUCUCAGUCCUGGAAGAAAGUACCAUGUCAUGGUGAAGCCACUUGAUGCCAACUACCUAGCAAUGUCGGAUUGGGUUCAUUCAAGCUCAUCAUGUCAAACCCCUGAGCAAAGGCCAGGAUCACCACCUAGAAAUUUCAAGUUUGCAAUCAUGUCCAAAGUAUCUGUCGAUCUCCAGUGGGAACCACCAGAAAAACCCAAUGGCAAAGUUUCAAAAUACAUGAUUGCAUACACAACAGAUCCUUCAUUGCCAGACAAAGAAUGGGAAGAGCAGGAAGAAGUGCUCUCCAAAUUCAUCUCAAGGUUUGAGAGGGUUGUCACUGCACGUCUCACUGGACUAACCCCAAACGCAACAUUCUACAUCAAAGUAAAAGCUGGAAAUCAGCAGGGAUAUGGACCAUACUCCAACAUUCUCAAGGUGUUGAUGGUGUUGCCUAAGAAUAGAGAUGAUGCACCAAAGCUUUCCUACAAAUACAUUUCAUCGACAUCUGUUGAUGUCUCAUGGGAAAGUCCAAAGAGUUACAAAGGAAAAGCUGACAGCUAUGAAAUGAUCUACACCACAAACCAACUUGCUUCAGAGAGGAAAUGGCAGAAACGGCUUUUGAGUUUGUCGCCUGAUUCCAAAGAACUUGUGGUGCGCCUAACUGGGCUUACAUCUAAUAAAACCUAUUAUGUCAAGGUCCGUGCAGACUAUAAUAGCCAGUAUGGGCCUUGGUCGAAGGUUCUCACGAUCUCCUUGUAUGAGAAAAAUAACGGCUCCUUGAUAGGUCCUGAAAAGUCUACAGCCAACGAGACAUCCCCUAACCCUAAAGCCUCUGAGGAAAAGGAAGACUUCCAGGUCAAACUUGGCAUUAUCAUUGGCUGUGUCAUCAGCGCCUUUUGUAUUGUGAUGCUGGUCCUAUUCAUUAUAUGGCGAUGCCCCUGCAGAUUAAAAGGCCAAAAAAAGAGAAACCAGAUGUCUUUGGUCAACACAAAGGCAGCCAAUGGUUACACAGUCCCUCCUCGUAACUCAAGUCACCAGACAAUGUCAACCAAUAGCACUGGACAAAGUGGCAGUACCUACGACGAGGGAUCAGCUGGUUCAUCCAUAUCAAACACAUGUCAGUGCAGAUGUACUUGCAGUGCAAGAAAAUGGCCAACAAUUAAUUCGAUGCCAAACAAGCCGCCAAACCAGGUGGCCGGAAAUGGUCACAUCAUUACAGGGAGUGGUCAGCUGGUAAUGACUCAAACUACGCAGGAAUUCAGAAAAGCAAGUCUUCAAAAUCAUAAUAAGGACACAGAAACCAAUGGUCACAUUUCCAAUGGAUAUGUGUUAAAUGGCUACAUACCGAAUCAACAGCUACAAAAUGGGCAUGUUUCCAAGGAUGUUCUAGUCCCCUUGCAAGUGCUUUCUGAUGGAAAGAACACAAGAUUAACAGUGCCUGAACAGCAGAGACCCCCUACUAGUGGAAGCAUAUCGGUGGACGUGUAACAUAUACCAUUUAUCUACAUAUACAUACAAUUAUAUUAUAUAGAAUUUAUAUAUUUCAUGUAUACAUUAAUAUUAUUUGUAUUCCAAUCCAAAACACAUUUUACAUUGCCAUAACCAUCAAUAUUUUGUCAACCAUUGGAGAAUGCUGCAGAAGUAGAUCAGAAAGAAAGUGAUUACAGCUGAACAAUUUUUUAAAUACAAAAUCAGUUUUAUGUAAAUAUUUAUUACGAAAGAGACUAUUUAUCAUUACUGAUCGCUUAUUUAACUUUAAAUUGUACAUUUGAUUGAGUUUUUUCUACUUUAACCGUGGUGACCAUUUAUUUGUACAACUCUGGCAAUACACAUAAGCAUUCUCAAUAUUUUUGGCAAAAAUGUGACAGUAAAUCUAUUUUUUUUUUUACUUCUAUUUCAUAUCCAAAUUGUACACCAGACAAGUUCUCUGGAAUUAUUAAUAUAAGGUAUUUAGCCAGAUGACACACAUCUUAUAGCCAUUGUAAAGCUAUUACUAGUGCUCGGUGAUACUUUUUAAACAUGAACGUGCACUAUAAAAGGGACUUGCCUAAGGCAAGCUGUCAUUCGUCAUUUGACCUCACCGAGUGAAGAGCUCCGUAGAGAGAGACCAAAAUGCUACAAUAGAGUGGCUCUAGAGUGGUCGAUAACACACUAUUAAAGUCUUAUCAAAAGGUGUUUUUGAAACAAGUCAAGUCUAGUUGUGAAUGACGACAACUUGCGCGAGAUCUUGCCAACAAGGAGCUAUUCCUUUUAUAGCGUGCAUUUGUGUUUAAGAAGGAGGGGUAAAGCGUAUUAGGGUAUAGUAUAGUUCCUGUCUACAGCCCACAUCCCUAUUAUGCCACAUUUCUUUCAAUUUAACAAGAACAAUAUAUUAGUGUGACAUGGAUAACUAUGGCCAACAAGACAACAUUAUCAGAAAGUUGACGAAUUUGCAUGCGAGAUUCACUGUUGAUUCACAAGAACUUUUUAACCAGGAUUCCGUUGUGCACUGAAACAUAUAAUUGCCAUCCUAUUUGGCUAGUGCGGUUGAUGCCAAUCUGACUGCAUGUUCCUUACAUGCUUAUUGGCCAUCACAACACUGUUAAGAUGGACAUAGUAAUGUAUUUAACACUGUAAUCACCUGUAGAGUAAUAUAAUAACCUUUUGAGUAAGAAUUACCAUAUUCAGUUACACUAACUGAUAUAAAGUUUAUCCAGUGUUUCUAUUUUACCCCCAACCUCCCUAAGAAAGCUUCUAACAUGCACUAUUUAGUAAGGAUAAUAGUUAAUUUCUUUUUUAUCAAUAUAUUGUUUUCUAUUUUAAUCUAAAUCAUGUUUUGCCUGGCAGCUUGCUUUGCCCUUUUUUAUGACCUUUGCAGUACUUGAAUUUUAGUAUGCAGUUUUUGAUCAAUUUCAUUUCAAAAAAAAUGGGAAAAAUAUGAGCGCUAUACUUGAAAUUGUGUACAGCACCUUAUUACAAUACUAAAAUUUUAUUUGUACAGAAAUCCAAAAACAACAAAAUCAGUAAAUUUGUACAGACCUCCAAGUUACUAUAACUUGUAUUUAUUAACUCAAAAUUGAUAUAACAAAAUACUUAUCAACAGCCUUGUUUUUACUCGAUAAAGUGCAUUUCAAAUUUAGAGUUAAGGAUCUGUGUAUCUGUGUUAGUUUAUGUCCCUUAGGUUGAGCUCUUUCGCAUCAUAGGGUUCAAGCACAAUUUGAGUUCAUACUAUUGUGGGUGUCUUAACAAGUCACUUUCUAAUCAAGUCUUAUAACAGAACAAGUGGUUAUUGAGAUAUCAUACUUUCAUAUACAAUUCUAAGGUCAAACGAUCAACUUGGCUAAUUUGCAUUUAUUUGCGUAAUUAUGGAAAGUAUGUUGCUUGCCUAGCCUGAGUAAGAAAUGUCACACACAAUUUUGUGAGUAUUUGCUGAUUUAAAUAAACUGAUGUUGUACAAUACUACAAUGUAGACAAUGUAGAUAAAAUAGUUACCAGUGAGGUAAUACCUAGUCAUAUAUUUUAGUCAAGAUAUGUAGCCUUGUAUUUAGCCUUUUUGUGGGAACUGUGUUAUGAUAGCAAAAAUGAGUGAUAUACUCCUAAGUUACUGCUUAGUUGCAUAUUAUUACCAAAUGUGUAGAUUGUACAAUGUACAACACAAUCAUAUAGCAAUCAGGAGUUUCAUUAGGCCCCGGCGGCGGGAGGAACCACCAGCUAUUUUCCACCAAGCACCGGCUACUUUAAAAAAAAAGGUUGAUUACUAAUGUAACAAAAUGACCUCCAUCCUAAUCUCCACCGCCUACUCUGAAGCUUAAUGAAACCCCUGAGCAAUCAUAUAGCUAUUGAUAUUAGAAAAAAAUCUGUUUUAUAUCUAUUUAGAACUGCUUUAGUUUUGUGGUAUGAUUUGAAAUAUAUUUUGUUUCUAUUGUUUAGCUGGUGAUGUGCAAAAUUCUAUUUUUGGAAUGCAUAAGAUAUAGUUGGAAGGGAGGGUUAUGGAACGUAGAUAUAGUUUUGUUUUAAAGGCAUCAUAUGUUAUUCAAACAAUUUAUGCUACUUUGUAAAAAAAUGAAUUCAUAUAUACAUAAUAAUAUAUAUACAUACAAUAUUUUGAAACGGUAUUGCUACUGUUAUAAUAUGGGUAGUAGAAAUCAUCAAACUCAUGCUCAUGCAUUCACCACUAUCGUGGAGAAAAUUUACUGGGCCACAACAACUGGGAACUAGAAUUUUUUUAUAACAGGGAUCUCGCAUAGAAUUAACACAAGUUGAGCAUUUCAUUAUGUUCUGCAAAUACUUGAUUUUAUCCAGUUUUCUAUAUCCCACUAUGCUUUGACCUGAAGAAAUUUGUUAAUUUUGCUCCCAUUUCAGUACUUGGUUGUUGUGCCUCAGUAGAAUCUACUUUUCAUUAUAAACUGAUAUGUUAUUUUACAUUAUCAACAAUGCGAAAAUAUAGUCCUGUUUUUAAGGCAAUGAAAAUAAAAAUUAUUACCAAA